CUGACAGUCACGUGAUACAGUACAGGCGCUCGGGGACGCGCAUUCGCUUGCGAUUAGCAGCGCGCUGGGUAUGAGGCCGUAGACAUGAGCAGCUCGUCACCGGUGACUGCCCCCAUCUCGGACUGAAAUAUACAGAAUUCUUCAUGGAUAUAGUUGACACAUUCAACCAUUUAAUCCCUAGUGAACAUUUGGAUGAUGCCCUAUUUCUAGGCGAUAACCUAGAAGGUGAAGGCUGUGACGAAUUUGCCACAAACCAACAUGUCCUUGAAGACUCCUUGAAGAACAUGCUCAGUGACAAGGAUCCCAUGCUUGGAUCUGCAAGCACCCAAUUCUGCCUACCUGUUCUGGAUAACUCUGAACCCAGUUUCCAAUUACCAACCUCAACAGGUGUUGGCCUUGAGGACAUAAUGGAUGUGGGUGUCGAUAAAGUCACUGUGAAUGAUGUGGAAGAUAUGAUUCUUUCUGAUAAGAGUGUGAAUAAAUUGGAUGAAACAUCCAGGAAAUCAGUAAGGAAAUCGCCACGCCUAAAGACACAGGUUCUUAUCUUAACAGAACCCACAAGAUCGCUGAGGCAAAGCACUAUUGAGAAAUCUUUGAAUACUGUAAAGGUUUCAAGUCCAAAGAAAACUAGAUAUUCAAGGAACGAUAAAGCAGGAGAUAAACUGAAAGAUGAGGAGCACGUUCUACCUCCAGGGACUAAUGAUAUAAGAAGCAAAGGAACAACUCCGUUAGAAGAAGCAAGUGCAUCUCCAGUAAGUUCAAGGAGAUCAUCAAGAAUAGCAAAUAAAGAAGUCAAGGAUAAAAUGAAUACUCCUGAAAAUAAGACACCAGAAGAGUAUUCCAGUCCAGUGAAUGAGAUUUUAGGUGAUAAAAAUUGCAUUUUAGAAAAAGGCGGAGACAAAGAAGAGAUUUUGCAUGAUGAUGCCCUUAUUUUGCUAAACGAAAAUGCUAAUAAAGUUUUGGAUGAAAUGACAGAGCCUGAUUCAAGUAAUUCACAAGGAGAACAGGCUUUGGACCAAACCUUAGCAGAACCAGGUGAAGGUAAAGAAUUUGAGUUAUAUCAACCUGAAGAAAAAAAGACAGAUGUAAUAUAUGAUAAAGUUCAUCAGGAACUUGCCCUUUUAUCAGGGGUUAUUGAAUGUAACCUGGAUGUGAAAACAGUGGCAGCCUCGGAAAUUAAUGACGAAUGUAUGUUGCAAAAUGCUGAUGAAGGAUCUACGCAAGGUGGCAAUACAGAGCCUCAUUUCAUUCCUUCUGAAGUUUCAGAUCCCAGCAAUAAAGUUCCUACUGAAACAGACAUUUCAGCUCCUGAAAGCAGCAGUCAGAGUCAUCCGGAAAGUGAAGAAAAAGUAAAGGUUGCACAAAAAGAGAAAAGUCAUAACAGAAAGGGUGGUAAAAAAGUAAAAUCUACGUCCGCUAAAUUGCCGGUAUCUGAGGAGAAUUCAGAAAAGAGCGUUGUUGCUGCAAAUGAUGCUGUCUUAAAUACUAAAACCCCCAAAAGUAGGACUAAAAUCACUAAGAAUCUCAACCCCCAAACUAUAAGACAGAUGGAAAGGGUGAAAAUUGCUAAAGUAAAGAAAAAAAUAUCGGAAAGUACAAGAAUUGAUAAAGUUCCUUUAAAGAGUAAAUUAAAAAAGACGUCAGAGCUGGGUGACAAAAAACGUAACGCGCCUACGCUGUUAAAACAAUUGGAAGAUGCGCUGAGAGAUAAUCAAGGAAGUUUAAAAGAAGUGGCACAAGCGGUCCCUUCUCGGUCUGGUUCUAGGAGCUUGUCUCAUUCUAGUGACAAAGCUGUCAGUAAACAGACGUCUUUAAAAGUGACCACUCAAAUCAAGGAUGAUGGGGAAAAGAAAGAAACAACUGAGCAGCCAGAAGAGAAAGCAAAGCUGAAGAAGUCUCUUCCGCCUCGCCAGAGAAAGAGUAGUAAAAGCAUUUCUGUGGAUGAGCCACCAUUGUUUAUUCCUGAUAACAUUCCUACUAUAAAGAAAGAAGGAACAGACGUGACGUCUCCAACUGAUAAGUAUAUUUGGAACCCAACCAGGAAUUGUAGUUCUUGCAGAAAACUUCAUGGAAAUAGGUUCAUGGUGGGUUGUGGAAGAUGCGAUGACUGGUUCCACGGCGAAUGUGUUGGCUUAAACCUCGCUCAAGCACAGCAAAUGGAAGUGGAUGAUAAAGAAUACAUAUGUGCUAAGUGCUGUGCAGAAGAAGAAACCAUGGAUAAUACGGAAACAGAUGUUUCUAGUGAUAAUCAGAAAACCGAUUUCCACCAAGAUCUCAAAGCUUUGGAAAGUGAGAAAUCCAUGACCACAGAAAGUCCUACCUUACCACUAGACAGAUCCAAGCCAAAUGAUGAUGCCAUGAAAAACAAGGAACACAAAGUUAAGAUUUCCAAAAAGGUCUCUGGAGAUACCAGGCAUUCCACCGAAAACAAGGAUGCCGAUAUUAAGAGACAGCAGACUUUUAAUCGCAAGGGUUCUGCCACAGCAGUCCACCGGGUGUCAGACGAAAGACGUGAAAAGCCUUCAAAGGAUCCGGCAACCACUUCAACUCAUGAUGAAAAGACUAUAAAGCCUGCUGUUACUGAAAAGAUAGACACGAAAAAAAGGAAACUGGAAAAGAAAGGGUCAUCAUCUGGUGUUACCUCCCCGUCUACACCAAAACCAUCUGUGGAGCAAAUAAGACAAAGCGUCCGCCACUCUCUGAAAGAUAUUCUAAUAAAGAGGCUUUCAGAGUCACACUCAAAGAUCCCUGAAGAAAGAGCUACAAAAGUAUCAGCCAAGAUCGAAAAGGAGCUGUUUUCAUUUUACCGUGAUACAGAUGCCAAAUACAAGAAUAAGUACAGAAGCUUAAUGUUUAAUUUGAAGGAUCCUAAAAACAAUGUACUUUACAAGAGAGUACUCAAAGGAGACAUCACGCCUGAACAUCUGAUCAAGAUGACCCCGGAGGAAUUGGCCUCAAGAGAGUUGGCAGCAUGGAGGCAAAGAGAAAAUAGACAUACCAUUGAAAUGAUUGAAAAAGAACAGCGUGAAGUUGAGCGGCGUCCAAUCACCAAAAUUACACAUAAAGGGGAGAUUGAAAUAGAAAGUGAUGCUCCUAUGAAAGAACCAGAAGCCAUGGACACGGAGUUUCAGGAAUCUGUUGCAAAACCAGUUGAGAAGGAAGAAGAAGUUCAGAAAGAAAAAGAGGAUCCUGUGGAAUCUACAUCAGAUACAACAGCCCAGCACAAAAAUCAUCUCUUUGAUCUGAAUUGCAAAAUCUGCACAGGCCGUAUGGCCCCUCCUGCUGAAGAUCUGUCACCUAAGAAAGCAAAAUUGGCCACCAAUGUCAUUCAUAAGCAGUCAGAUACUGAAGCUGAUAAUGGAACUGAAACUGCUUCAAGUGUGCCUGGUUCUCUGGAUGUAGACAUGUUAGAAACCGAAAAAUCGGACUCUCCAAAGGACACCCUGUUCUCAGCAGCCAGCUCUGAGUCAUUUAGUAUUAUGGACACAGCUGAAGAUGAAUCUACUUUUUUAGCCCGUUUAACCUACAUUUGGAAAGGAUUUCUUAAUAUGCCUUCUGUAGCGAAAUUUGUCAUCAAGGCUUACCCCGUGUCUGGGUCACUGGAGCAUUUAUCAGAGGACCUUCCGGAAAGCAUACAAGUAGGUGGAAGGAUUUCCCCACAAACUGUUUGGGACUAUGUAGAAAAGAUAAAGGCCUCUGGAACAAAGGAGACCUGUGUAAUACGGUUUACUCCGGAGACGGAAGAAGAUCAGAUAUCUUACACUCUGCUAUAUUCUUACUUCAGUAGCAGAAAACGUUAUGGUGUAGUUGCAAACAACAUGAGGCAGGUGAAAGACAUGUAUCUCAUUCCCUUAGGAGCCUCUGAAAAGAUUCCACACUACUUUGUACCCUUCGAUGGGCCUGGCCUAGAAGCACGUAGACCAAAUUUACUUCUGGCUUUGAUUAUUCGUCAGAAAGUGAAACGACAGCACAGUACAAGCAUUGAUGACGAGCAUUCAGGUUCCUUAAUUAAUGUCCCAGAAAAAAAGAGGAAUAGAAUUGAACUAGAGGAUGACGAUGAUGAAGAAGAUGAUGAAAAUGAUUUUUUUAAUUCCUUCACUGCUGUGUUGCAUAAGAAUAGAAACAGAGCACAGAUUGCAGAAAACGAGGAACCACAGGCAACGGUUGAAACUGUACCAGAAAAAGUUAAACUGGAUCCACCAAAGCCACUACGAUUUCUACCAGGAGUAUUAGUUGGAUGGGAAAAUCCACAGUCUACCUUAGACCUGGCUAACAAUCCUUUACCUGUUGAUGAUAUAUUACAGUCACUUUUAGGUACUACAGAAAAUGUGUUUGAAGUUAAGCCACCAUCUAUAGCAAAUAAUGAUAAGCCACUAAAAGAAGAAAAAAGUCAAGUAAUUGAUGAAUCAUUCACAUCUGAAAUUGAUGUAGAAAUGAACACGACAUCCAGUACAGUGGAAGAAACAACAGAAAAUCUAACUCCUAUAACCACAUUAUCUGAAUCAUCUGUAGGUCUUUCUCUGAAAGAUAAACCUCCUGAUGUUCCCACAGAAGUGUUUUUAAGUACAAUGAAUGUUCUGGGUGAGGAAACGAUCGAUAAAAGUCUUUUAGAAGAACAAGAUGAAGUCAAACAUAAUGUUGCACCAAAUUCAAAUAUGUCUUCAGUUUCAGUGGCAAAAAGUAACGUUGAUGAUGAUAGUAAUGUUGCUUCUGUGGAUGUUGGUUCAAGCCCCAAGAAAUCUCCAAAGUUAAUACACAGUAAAAGGGAUCCUAGACAAGCAGCUGGAAGAGGUCAUCAUAUUACUACUUCAGAUAGAAAAGAUUUGGAAUCAGACUCGCAUCCAAAUAAAGGAUCCCCUGACAGUACAUCCCACCACAAGAAAGAUAGGACAAAGAAACAUGCUCAUGGGGAAACUGAUGUAUCUUCACCUAACAGACCAAAAGCCAGUUCGUAUUCUUCUUCCACUGACAUUGAAACGGAUAUAGCUGAAGAAUUGCAUACUGAAAAACAGUUCCCUUCAGAUCUGCUUAUAGAUGACACCGAUCCUCUCCAGCAAUUCAGACGAGCUUUAGCUGCAAACAAAUCCCAGACACAACCAUUAAACGCUCCGCACUCUGAAAAUGCUGGCAAAAAUCCAGCUCCUGUAUUUUCAGGAUCUUUUUCUCCAUUAAGGUUACAACAACCUUCUUUCUUACCUUUAAAGAGUAGCCCUCCAGGUUUUCCAUUCCAACACGCUCCUGGCUUUCCUUUGCCGGGUAAUCCACUAUUCCCCUAUGCGCCUCACAUACCACCUCUCUUACCAACACCAUUAGGUAUUGGCUUUCCAAGACCACCCAGAUUUCAAUCUGCAGAAUCCACUAUCCAUAACCCAUUAGUUGCCUGGCACCCAGCACUUCAGUUAGCUAGACAGCCACCACAUUUUUUUGGGCAAGUUAGUACUGGACCCCUGUUGAACACUGACCAAGUCAGGUACCAAGGACCACAAACGCUGUAUCUUAAAGAUCUCAGAGGUCCAGAAAGACGUCACAGUGAUCCCUGGGACAAGCAAGAUCGUAUAUCUGAAAGAAGUUCUAGUCGAGGAAGCAGAAGUGAUCACAGAAAAAGAUUUUAUAGUGAGUCCCAUCACUCAAGAGAUAAGAGGCAUGAGAAGGAAUCUGGGAGCGAUAAGCAUGGAGAUAGAGACUCUGAAAGAAGCAGACGUAAGGAUCGAGACAAAGAGAGAAGUCAUGACCGAGAUCGGAAAAGCCGCGAUGAGUCACAUAGGGAAAAAGAAAGAUCUCGGUCUUCUCAUAGUGACAAGUCUUCAAGUAAAGAAGGGAAAAGUGAUAAAUCUAAAAGUGAGGAUCGUUCUCAUGACAAAGAAAAAAGUAGGGAUAAAAACCGAGAUCGGAUGGAGGAAAAAGAAAGGGAUCGGCACCACAAAGACAAAAGUAGGGACCACAGUGAGAAAACUAAAAGUAAACGAUAAACUCAUCCUGUUAGUUUUAUCUCUUACUUGGUUGUGCCAUCAAUUUCUUAUCAAAUGUCAGUGUUUUCCAGACACAAACUGUUGUAAGCCUGAUUGCCCGUUAUAUGUUUUUUAUGCUCAAUUCUCACUAAUCUUAAACUUAUUUAACAAACCUUUUACACAAAAUGGAAAUGUAAUGUAUGUCCAAUAUAUUUCUUCCUAAAUAUGCUACCGCGUAAUAUUUAGUUGGAAAUUUUGUGUAGAACGAAGCAGCUUUUUACACGCUAAGGUG